CCGUUGUGCCGCACGGCGGGUGCUUGCGCCCGGUGCCGCCGCCGCCGCCAUGCCGAUCAACAAGCCUGAGAAGCUGGACAAGCCAGAGAGCUGCGAUAAUGUCAAGGUUGUGGUUCGCUGCCGGCCUCUUAAUGAACGAGAGAAAGCUACAGGCUACAAAAUGGCAGUGAAUGUGGAUGAAAUGAGAGGAACUAUAACUGUUCAUAAAACAGACUCAUCUAAUGAGCCUCCCAAGACAUUUACAUUUGACACAGUGUUUGGACCAGAGAGUAAACAGCUGGAUGUCUAUAAUUUAACUGCAAGACCUAUAAUUGACUUUGUCCUAGAAGGAUAUAAUGGUACUAUUUUUGCAUAUGGGCAGACUGGAACAGGCAAAACCUUCACCAUGGAAGGGGUCCGAGCAGUUCCUGAGCUUCGAGGCAUCAUUCCCAACUCCUUUGCCCAUAUAUUUGGUCACAUUGCCAAGGCAGAGGGGGAUACAAGGUUUUUAGUUCGUGUCUCUUAUCUGGAAAUUUACAAUGAGGAAGUGAGGGACCUGCUGGGAAAAGACCAGACACAGAGAUUAGAGGUUAAAGAGAGACCUGAUGUGGGAGUUUAUAUCAAAGACCUUUCAGCUUAUGUCGUAAACAAUGCAGAUGAUAUGGACAGAAUCAUGACUCUGGGCCACAAGAACCGUUCUGUUGGUGCCACAAACAUGAACGAACACAGCUCUCGCUCACAUGCCAUCUUCACUAUCACAAUAGAGUGCAGCGAGAAGGGGGUCGAUGGCAACAUGCACGUGCGCAUGGGCAAGCUGCACCUCGUGGACCUCGCGGGUUCUGAAAGACAGGCAAAAACUGGAGCCACAGGGCAGCGCUUGAAGGAAGCUACCAAGAUCAACCUCUCUCUUUCCACACUGGGGAAUGUUAUCUCUGCACUGGUGGAUGGCAAGAGUACCCACGUGCCCUACCGUAACUCCAAACUUACACGGCUCCUUCAGGAUUCUCUGGGCGGCAACUCCAAAACCAUGAUGUGUGCAAACAUUGGACCAGCUGACUACAACUAUGAUGAAACUAUCAGCACUCUCAGGUAUGCAAACCGAGCCAAGAACAUCAAGAACAAAGCCAGGAUCAAUGAGGAUCCUAAGGAUGCUCUCCUUCGCCAGUUUCAGAAAGAAAUCGAAGAGCUUAAGAGGAAACUAGAGGAAGGUGAAGAGAUAUCUGGUUCUGAGAGCAGUGACUCUGAAGAGGAGGAUGAAGAUGAUGAAGGGGAGAUUGGAGAGGAUGGGGAGAAGCGGAAGAAACGGCGGGAUCAAGCAGGCAAAAAGAAAGUUUCCCCUGAUAAGAUGGUAGAGAUGCAAGCAAAGAUUGAAGAGGAGAGAAAAGCUCUUGAAACUAAGCUUGAUAUGGAAGAAGAAGAAAGAAAUAAAGCCAGAGCUGAACUGGAGAAGAGAGAAAAAGACUUGCUUAAAGCUCAACAAGAGCACCAGUCCCUCUUGGAGAAACUGUCUGCACUGGAGAAGAAAGUGAUUGUAGGAGGAGUGGACUUGCUGGCAAAAGCAGAGGAGCAAGAGAAGCUUCUAGAAGAAUCAAAUAUGGAACUGGAAGAACGAAGGAAGAGAGCAGAACAGCUUCGCAAGGAGCUUGAGGAGAAGGAGCAAGAACGCUUGGACAUUGAGGAGAAGUACACCAGCCUCCAGGAAGAAGCACAGGGGAAAACCAAAAAGCUGAAGAAAGUCUGGACCAUGCUUAUGGCUGCAAAAUCGGAGAUGGCAGAUCUCCAGCAAGAGCAUCAGAGAGAGAUUGAAGGAUUACUAGAGAAUAUUCGGCAGCUGAGCAGGGAACUUCGUCUUCAGAUGCUUAUCAUAGACAACUUCAUUCCUCAGGACUACCAGGAAAUGAUUGAAAACUACGUUCACUGGAAUGAAGACAUUGGAGAAUGGCAGCUGAAAUGUGUUGCAUAUACAGGGAACAACAUGAGGAAACAAACUCCUGUCCUGGAUAAGAAAGAAAAAGAUCCCUUUGAAGUGGACCUUUCCCAUGUUUACUUAGCCUACACUGAAGAAAGCUUGAGGCAAUCACUGAUGAAGCUGGAGAGGCCAAGGACUUCAAAAGGAAGAUCCAGGCCCAAGACUGGUAGAAGAAAACGUUCGGCAAAGCCAGGAGCUGUCAUUGACUCUCUGCUGCAGUAGGUGUGACCUGUUCAGAAUUGCCGUAUAAAUCAGUGAGUGUAUAAGAUUGGGCCAGAAUAUGGAGUUCAAGAGGUGGUACAGUUUGGCUAUAAAAUCCAUACCUUGCUGGUAUGGAGCUUUAUUUUAAAGAAAUGUAUUUUUCCUUAGUUGCCCAUAUAUUGUAUGUUAUAUUAACAUAAUAUUAAACUGGUAUAUAUGAUGGUUGUGAAAUUCCAUGUGUUAACGUGUUGUGCAGGGAAACUGUUGCUGGCAGUCCUUGUUGAGAUGUAGAAAAUAAGGGUUCUAGAUGUGUGUUAAGUGCUGUAGAUGUGUUAGCUCAAAACAGUUGAUGAAAUCCUACAGUUAGAGGCAGGUAAAUCUGAUUUAUGCCCUGCUUUGCACAUAACUGGCAGCUUUCACUCUUGUGCUCUGUUGCACUGAUCUGUGUUUGAAUGUGGUUGCUGCAAACCUUUAGGAGCAUCAAACCCUUUUAUUUAAUUACCCCUCACUGUGGCUAUUAACCUGAUUGUGUAUGGAAUACACAGUCCUUUUCCCUUCCUUUGCUGUCUUGCUGUACAAAGAAAGUAGUUGCAUAGAGGAAACAUGAACUGCAAAAGUCUGAGGCUUCUGGGAAGGGACCAUGCUCUGUUUAAGUGCAACAGAAAUGUGUCUUAAGUAGUGCUUUUAUCUUUGUCUGUAUGCCCAUGAUCUGGCACUGUGGAGAAUGGGGCCUCUGAUGCAAAGGCAAAGGAGCUCUCUUGGGUUUACUCUCCUGUUAAGGCUGUGUGGCAGCGUUGCUAUGGCUGCUUUUUAUGCUGUUGAUCUGGAAUUUCUUUACAUGUAUGUGAAUUGUUUUGGAAUAUCAGCAGCAGAGAUUAUUUAAGGGGAAUGCUGUGACACUAGGACUUGGCUUCAGCCAUGGGACUGAGCAUUGCGGCUCCAUUCUCCCAUCCCUGGCUCCAAGGGUACUGGACCAGUGCUCUGUACUGAGGGUGAAUUUGAAUCUCCCGUAUUAAAACAGGCAGGAAUUACCCGGAACAGUAACAUCCCCUGAAGUAGCUGAUGCUGUUUGUGUUCCUGUAUCAUCUCUGGUGCCUGGCUAUGCUCUGAUGAGAGGAAGCAAAUCGUGGUCUCUGAUAACAACCAUUUCUUUGUGGUGGCUGCUCUUUUGUUUGAUAUUUAUGCUGCUAACAGACACGUAUCACUUUAAUCCGUUGCUUUUGUGUCACCGAAAAGGCAUUCUGAGCUGCAGACACUGGAACAGUUCCUGUGCCAGGGUGGGGAUGGUCAGCUGUAAUUUCUUGUGAUCUUCAUGUUACCUAGAGAUUUAGAGAGCUGUGAUCACUAAUAGAACUAGAGUCCUCAAGCAUGACAGAAAGCAUAAGACAGCUCUUUAGGUGUCCUGAGUUCUUGCAUAGCCACGUUUGCAGUUACCAGAGUGUUCUUGUGAAGUACUUAAAGUAGGUAAAAGUCAAUAGCCCUUUCUUGUGGUCAUGAUGCUUAACUGGAUGUACCCUGUGGCUCUGACAGGUCUGUAACAGGAUCUGUACUAGUUAAAACUGGUCUUGUAAGGGCACAUUUUGCUCUAGAGAUGUAUUCAGUGCUAUUCUAAAUGAGUUGUAAGCUCUUUUCCCUGUUGUGUUUUAGCUGUGUGUUUCAGGACAGUGACAUAGAAAAACUGCCCUGUUUUGGAGGGCAGCGUCACCAAAGUUCAUACAAGAUGUGGCUUUGUUGCCUGAGUUCAUACAAGUUACACAUACAAACCCUGGCAUUUAUUUUCUCUGGCCUAGCACCGAAAGAGGAAAAUACAAGUUUUGUGGAUUUCAGCUGUAUUUGGCUUUGCUCUUGAAGAGCUGACCUUACUUUGAGAGUGCUUGGAUAGUUUUCAUGUAACACCCUUCUCACCCAACAAGAUCAAACAGCUUAAAUACUGUUUUGUCUUAGGCUUUGUGUCAGUUCUGAGUCCAAGCAGACAGAUGUGUGGUUUGGGCCUGUACUGGUUCUCAGAACCAGGGCUAAUUGUUGUAUUCCCCUUGUGUUACAUCUUGCUGUGCUAAGCUUUAAGUGAUCUGUUUAUAAAGGAGUUUCUGCUGAACUGUGCUUUCAAAAGGACCAUGAAGAAGUCUGACAGACAUCAGUGGCUUAAAGAUGCCGCUGUGAACCAUGGCACUGCAGUUACAAUACUUAGAACUUAACUCUAAAGGCCUAUGCUUUACAAUUUAAUCAAGUUACAGUCCUGCUGCUGAGAAUAAUAGUAUUCUACAUAGUGAGUGAGCCUUGGGCCAGAGAAUACAAUAACUACUUGCACACCUGUACUUGGCAGAAACUGGUUGUAAUCUCCUGUUACAGGGGCUUGCAGAUCAGGUUAUCUGUUCUUACAAGAGGACUUUAUCUGUAGUGGAACUCUAUCACAGUUAGGGUCUAUCAGCUUGGCCCACCUUUAACUGGUGUGGCCUGUUGCAGUUUGGGGCACUCUUGAAACCAGGGAGUCUGGUUUGCAGGGCUAGCACAUGGGUCCUCUCUAGCCCUGGGCUGUGAAUGUCUAACGGGUCCAUGAUAGGUUUUAAUGCAGAAGGAGUUUGGUUUGUGUGGAGUUUUCUAAGAGCUUCAUGCAGCCUUUCUCGUCCCAGGUCAGUACAUGCUCUAGAGUCUUUAUCAAAACCCAGAUUACCAUAAUAUAUACAGUGUGUGCUCAUCCUUGCAUCUUGCUACCAGAAGAUUCCCCUUGUUCCAGACCAUUGACCUUAACAUUGAGGGUUUUGGUGCGUUAUGUUGUUUAAUGUUGUGUAAAUGAAUUAUUUUGUAUUUAACUUGUUCCUGAUCCUUUCUUUAAGAGGAGGGGGAGAUGGUCCUUAGUGCCUUUCACUGACUACACUGUCUGCACGUGUCCAGCUUUCACCUUCUCAACAGUUCUGCUUAGCCAGUCCUGUAUAUAGGAUAAAACACUAGUCUGUCUGUAUGAUUUGUCUUCCUAUUUAUUGGUUUUCUAACUCUGUUUAUUUCUGGUUAUUGUUUGGUUUAUGAUUAAACUUCAUUCAUUACACUGUAUAUAUCAGUAUUGUGUCCCUGGAGCAUGUCCAUACCAUGAAAUAAAACUCUGGAUUCCUAGUUACA